GUAUUGAGUUGUUGCGCUCAGCAGCAGCGCUGGCAACGCGCACUCUCCCUCUUCUCAGGGGGCGGCCUGCAAGAUGUGGUCACGCAUGCCGCUACGCUGACUGCCUGCGAGGUGGGCUUCAGGUACCGUGAAGCUGCUGCAGUGAUGUUUCACCUUGACAGGACAGGCUUGACUGCCAGCCUCCGCAGCUUC